AUGUCGCCCUCUCUGCCAUCUACCCAAGCCAUCGCCUCAGAAUGCACAUUCACGCUAUCCGGCGUUCGCCCACACCGCGUCCUCAGGGCAUCCGGCCAAGUUAUAACAUGCGCACUCACGCAUCCUCGUUACGGCGAGAUCGCACGGGUUAUAGUGUGGCACUUUGACCGUACGUUCAUCCGAGGACGAUACCUCACCACGGACCUCGAUGGAGAGGCGCGUGAGGAUAGGGAUAUGUAUGUCCUCUAUACUUUUGUGUUUGAUAAGUUUGGGAAGAGAUGGGAGAACCGUGAUCGUCCAGAAGUCGAAAGCCUCAUGUUGAAGUCUAUCUUGGACUCGGGGCUCCCGAUGCUGUCUGGGGACUUCAUUCUUCGCUCCUGGCUGGCAGGGAAACCGUAUUUUGCUCGUGGGCACACUGAGGAAUACUUACUUCCGGCUCAGAAAGAAUGGAACCAAGUCGCGCGAGCGGCUCUUCUACGCAACGUCGGUUUCCGUCUCAUAGGCCGCACCGAUGUGUUCGCAUACACUAAAAACUCUUCUCACCCUUCUCGUUCUCUCUCUGUGCUGGACGACUCUGUUCUUGACGCUCCGUUCACCAACAUCCCAAACCUCAAAAAUGGCUCUCUGACACUUGGCUUGCCCUACUCAGGAGACCCUCUCUCUCCUGAAGACAGGUGGAAACUCUUUCCCAUCCAUUCAUACAUCAUGGCCGACAACCUCCCAGAAGACGACCUGGACUACGUCAUCUCUAAGCGUUACUUAGCUGAUCCUUCUAUCAUCCACCAACGGGACGACCUGGGAUCUACCCCACGGUACAUCGCUGUUAUGAAACUCAGAGUCUCCGCUGUUUCGACUCUUCUGGCUUUGGGUGCUCGUGACGAUAUCGAUCGCAGGGACAACAUCUUUAGGCUCACUGCGAGAGAGAUUUGUGAGAGGAAUAUGAUCGAAGAGCGAUAUGUCAGGGACGGUCUAGAUGGGACGUUUGACGGGUUUGAUGAGAAACACUUGAGGAUGAUGUGGAUGAUGAAGAAAUAUGGGGACGACGUAGAUGAGGGAACAGACCCAAGGACGCGUCUUGACAGAUGUGAGGAUGAUACUCGAGAGAGUGGCAAAGCAGCUGCGCUGCUGAGUCAUCCGUGUCCGUCGAAAGCUCGCGAAAGCUCUCGCGACGUCGAGCUGCACCUAGCUAAAUCCAACACAGAAUCAAAACACCUUCACCAAUCGUUCCAACGCCGCGACCAAACACUCAUAUUCCUUCCACCUCAUCUCCGACAAAAGCUCUCGCCCCAAUUAUACACAGGCUGGCGUGCCCUCCUCUCCUCUCUUGUCGUGUUCUUCGAUCCCAGCGGCCCUUUCACGCAGCUUGACCUCAAGGUUAAACCGACGCUCAAGUCUCUCCAACCUUCGUGCCUCUGGGAGAACCCAUGCGUCGACACCAUCAUCCUCAGUGUAGACCACGGACUCGUCUCCACCACGAAUGUUCGCUCUAUCAGAUAUUUCCUUGAAAACGGUGGUUUAGUCGAAUAUGCGCUAGACUACAUCAUGUGCAUGGCGCUUGACGAAAGUCCGCUGAGCCCGCGCGGGAAGGAGACCUUGGAGGACGAGAGUUGGCAGGACAUGCCGAGCUGUGUUAACGAUCUGGAUUUUGAGAUGGUCAGGGCGAAGUGUUGUCCGGAACAUAGGGGGUUAUGGGGUCCGUGGAGAGAGGGGUUUUGA